AUGCCCGACCACCAAGCCGAAGUUGUCAACGGCAAGGUACGAGGAGAAAUGGACAGCCUUCAACAGCCCAGCGACCGCCCUGACACCACAUUUCCUGCUACAAGUGCAUCAGCCUCGACAAUGAAAGCCACGGACGAGGAGGAGAGUGGCAGAAAGUCACCCUUUGCCGAAGAACUCACCGAGCGUCUCAACGAAGUCAGUGAAGGCACGCAACCGAAGCGGAAAUAUUGGACCAGUCCGAAACCGCAAGGCGAUGAUCAUUUUCGCCCAGAUGGUCGUCAUAACAUCGAUCCGGUGAUACGAAAGCACAAUCCUGUGGAAGAAAUGAACAGGCAUCUCCCCUUCCGCCUCAGUAAUGAGUUCCCACCUAUUCGCGAUCCCGACUUCGACACCGCGGUCUACCUUGGGAUUCCACCUCGAGUGCCCGAUCAGGACAAAGAAGACUACGACCGUAUCUUCAAGCACUUCAAUACUAUACACCUCGUCUCCAGUGGCGUUCUUAAGGAUCUCAAGUCUGCCAAAAUCAAUGACCUCUUCAGACCUAAUGUCUGCAUUCGAACUGAGAAGAAGUUCAAAAAGUUGGAUGCAUACAACAGUCUCAGUGCUGCUACGAGAGCUCAAAUCAAGUACCACAUCAACCUGCAGCCACCCGAAGAGGGUGACGAGGCUGCGAGUCUCAUGAUGGGCUUGAGUUGCGCCUGGGGCUUGAGAAUAUGGCAUCUAGCACAGUCGCAAUACGACCUGUCUCCUGCUACAGUCGCAGGGGUUGACGAAUUCGAUACUGCCAGCAACCCAUACUACAGCACCCUUGCUACGGCCAUGAAGGGCCCUCAGGAGGUCAAAGUGCCGAUUCCCGCCGACUUCUGUCCAAUUAGGCAAAGGUCGAGCUUGGAGCGAUUGCUCAAUGCAGCCCAUGCAAUCAAUCCCAAGCUCGACUCUGCAUGCAAGAUGUGGACAUAUUUUGCGACUAUUCAGCAUUUCGGGUGUGCUGAUUUACUAUUCGUGAACUGGUACAUUGUGGACUGGCUUAACAGCCCAGGAAACUCCCAGUUCGUGCAGAACAACCCGGAAGUUGCGUACAGAAUUGCCUUUUCUUGCCGAAAGGGCGAUCUGGUUCGGGACGCUUUCGCCAUGUUAGUCGGGGAGAGAGCGCUGGCAGAUAUUCUCAGUCAAUCACAAGGUCAAAUGAUGUCGUCAUCUCACUCCGUCCACGGCCGACCGUACGAGGUCCUUGAUGACGACGAACGUAGUAGAAUUGGCCAUGCGGCUUCAUCUCUUGUUGCCGGCAUCAAGAAUCUUUUCAACGGCGUGGCCGUUGCAGUGGACUGGCUCGACCAAAGUCCCGAAUUCCGCAAACUUGUGGAUUGCAAGUCUAUUAAUCCUGAAGUCGCUCACCUCAUCACAACUACGCAGGAAGCUAUUGCAGGCUACGUACGGUUUCGGAUACUCCAGCACCUUGUCAUGCGACUGAAAGCCACUCACGAAGAUCUGUAUGGUGCUGAGGAAGGCACUGUCCUUCCACACGCGAAGCACCCCAUCAGAUUCAAAACCACCUACAACGAUUUGCCCUGGCAAGCCAAAAUCUUCACACGAUCCUUCUGGUUCGGUCUGUGCACGAUUGAUUUUGAAGAUGCUACCUCGUCAAGCACGCUCUUCGAUGGAUGGGGUUCAUGGUACCACCUUACUCGUGAGCAGAAGGCCGAUCCUGUUCUCAGUCACCUUGGGCAGAAGGAGACCUUUCCACGGGAUAUGAUUCGCAAGGUGCAAAUGGUCAACGAGGCGCUUUCCUCAUUUAAGACCGCUGAAGCCCCUACAAAUCGGUCGUCCCACGACUUCCGUUUCGGCCAAUUCUCAUCACCCCAGUUACAUCCGCAUAACAUCAAAGAUGACUCUUCUGACACCUCGGCGCUUAACAAGCGAUCGCAGCCAGACAGCACGAUUCACUCCUCGUCGGCCGAGAAGCGUCGCAAAACCAUUGAAAAUGAUCCCGCGAUAGCUAUCCCCUUCCGGCCUGCUCAAAGCAGCGCGCGCAAGGCCAACGACACACCGUAUCCUCGUUACAGCAAGGACAUGUCCGAGGAAGCGGGGCGUGUUCUGAAGUCAAAGUGGGCCUCACCAAGUACUUUUUUGACGAGUACUACGCUACGAGCGAGAAAACCAUUCGAGGCUGACGUGAAGAGUGCAUGGAACAACCACGAGGCCUUCAGCACGGGCUCAUACACCGCUCCGCCGCCGCCGAAGGGAUCUCCAUUCCCUGCACCCAGCGGUGCCUCCGGUUCUUCCCAACAGGCACUUCGCGCGACUCUAGACGAUGGCUCCGACACCCUGCCUUUCUUUACCCCCGAUCCGAUAGACAAUGAGAUGUUCGAUGGUCCCGGGCCGGCUAUUGACGAGGACGAAGACGCACACUCCAUACGGUCCAGCUCAGCCGUCCACAAUGCGCCCCUCACGACCCCCGCGGAUAAGCUCAAUUGGAAGCAGAAGAUGAGCGCCCAGUCGCUGGUCCAGCACAUCAACCCCACUCAGAUGCUCCGCGAAUUCAGCCAAAUCGUCCACACCAAGGCACAAGAGAUUGUAUACCCGCCCCACCUGUUCCACGGCCGCAACUCAGUACCAGUGAAUCUGAUCGACUUUGUGAUCGCGUUGACAGACGAGGAGUGGAAGUUCCUGCCGCUGUGGGUUGAAGGUGGAUGCGAUGAUGGUACCGGAGGUGUCUUCGACGAUGCUGUGCCCAACAUGGACGGCAGCGAAGGCUUCCGCGGCGGUAAGCGCGGUAUGCACAUCAAGACUGUAGGUGUGGAUGGCAUCGAAGAGAACGGCUCGAUCACGGACGACAGCGAUAUCUCCGAGAUCGAGAGUCGUGAUGCACUUAGCUCGCGUGCUCGUGCUAGUCACGCUGCGACGGAUGGGACGCGUACGGUGGUCAGCAUGAGUGAUGGCGCGAGCGACUCCGGGUUUAUGAACCAGGAUGAUGUGUACGCGGUUAUUCAAGAGAUGAAGGCUCAGCAGGCUGUUGCAGCGUAUGAGACUGCGACUGGCGGAGAUGCUGAUGAUGCGGCUGCGAAUGGGGAUGGUGAUGUCAGUACGAUCAUGGGCGCUCGGAGUGUCAAUGAAAAAGGAGAUGAUGUCCAAGGAGAGUUCUUCGGCAGUGAUGCGGGCGAUGAGGAUAUGGGUGUUGAAGAGGAGAGCGGGUUCGAGGAUGACGACGACUUUCUCUCUGUUGACAAGGGCAAGGGCAGAGCUGAUGACACAUCUCUCUCAGCUUCGCCGGAAAACCCUCACGGGCUCAGGGCAUUUGGUGUGAUGGAUUUCGUGGACGGUAUACCCCUCGGCAAGGGCAUAGGUGGUCGUUGGGACAGCCUUGCCCCCGACAAGGGCAAAGGCCGAGAUGAGCACGCUCCUCCCCUGGCCACGAGCGCCUCUCGGCCAGACCGCACCGUACCGGACCGGGUCUCAUACGAAAUCGAGGGAGCCGAUGACGACGACACGAAGAUCAAGAUGAAGGACGACUCCGGCUCAGACGAAGACAUGGAGGUCAUCGACAUGCACAGCUUGUAG